AUGCUAUCAGACGAGCUCUUCUCUUCGGUGUGCGGGCCACCCAUAGCUGCCAACACGGCGAUAUCAAAAGACGUUGGCAUCUACGCACACACACUAUCACCCACGUGGGCUGUCAAGUCAUCCUUCAAGAAGAGCUCGGCACCAGUUCACUGUUUAGCUAUAAGCGAUUCUCAUGUGUUUGCUGCCCAAGAUCAGAAAGCUCAUGUUCAUGUCUAUUCUCGAGCCCGGGGAAACCAAGAAGCUCUUGUUCCUUUUCAGGAAAGGAUAAGAUGCCUCGCUCUCGCUGGGGACGUUCUUAUUCUAGGUACAGCUGAGGGCCGGUUAAUACUCUGGGAAACUUGUACAGGGCGACAAAUCACAACGCCUCCAUGCCAUGUGCAGGCCGUUAGCUGCAUUGCCGUAUCUCCUAGCCACGUGCUGUCAGCCUCGGAUGAUUCUAAUGUCAACGUGUGGUCCCUGCCACGUCUCCUGGAGGCUGGGCAGGAUAUUGGCCAUGAGCCUGAUAGGACCUUGUCCAACCACCGAGCUGCCGUCAUCGACCUUGUGCUGGGUCCAGGCUCCAACCCCGAGACGAGCCUCUGCGUAUCUGCAAGCAAGGAUAAGACCUGCAUUCUAUGGAACUACCAGUCAGGCCAGGUCCUGCGGACGCUGUUGUUCCCUACAGCUCCUCUCUGCAUAUCUUUGGAUCCUUGUGCUCGAACCCUCUACGUUUCUUCCGAGGAUGCCAGCCUCUACCUCGUUGAACUGUUUGGCGACAAGCCCCUUCUGGGAUCCCGCAGUGCUGAGCUAGCAUCCAUCGUUAUGCAGAUCAACUCUCCCUUGGGAGUGGCCGAUGAAGAUGUAGGACCUGCCUCCUGCAUGACAGUAAGCCAUGGCGGUACUUCCAUCAUUACAGGCCAUGUUAAGGGCAAGAUUCUCAAAUGGAAUCUCGUUGAUAACAGCCAUCCCGCGGAGUUGGCAAAUCUCAACGCAUCUGUCACCAAUGUGGUGUUUGCCCCUUUCCUUUCAGAGAAGAAGCACACUCAAGCUGUCACUGUCGUAAAACCAAACCAGUCUCAGAGACAGUACACUCUAACGACUCAGCUGGAGGGAGACUUGGAUCAUGAUACGAGAUUCAACCAGAUGCUUAGUGCCAACGGCUUCUCAUCUGAAACCAUUGCGCAAGCCUUGGCAUCGUUUGCUGCCUCUGGAGGAUCCAGCUCAUGA